AUGGAGGAGCCAAAUCGAGAUCAAGAUCAAGAUGAACAACGAAAUCGGCGUCAGAUUCGGAGGCAGAUUCGGAAUCAGAAUCGGAAUCGGAAUCGGCGUCCUCCCGAUCCCGAAUCCAAAGAGCUCAUCACCUCCCCCAACCUCGCUUCAAUGGAGACCUUCAUCUCCAACCUCCAUAACGACGACCAAAGAAGCGACAGAAUCAUCUCUUUCUGCACUGGCAACUAUCCAAAUACUUUCUCUCUCAAGCUCUCUCACCUCUCUCUCUCUUCCCCCCACCUCCGAGCUGACUCCUUCGACGUCUUCCUCAGAGUCCUUUACUCGCCGGAGCUCAAGUUCAACCUCUCUCCGAUGAUCCUCGCCGAGAUCAAGCCCACCAUUUUUGAAUGCCUCAGGCAAGAAAGUACAACAAAUCCGCCGUCGAAAGCCUUGUCCAAGACCAUCUCCGGUAUCGCCUCCUUGGUUUAUUCGGACUCCGAUAUAGCCGAGAAAUGGCCGGAGGUUCUUGACUAUGUGGCUUCUUCCGUUUCCGCAUCCGAUGAUAACAAUAACAAAAAUCUUCAAGAAUGGGGUCUCUUUAUUCUCCGGUAUUUGACGGAGAGAACCCUCGAGCAGCUAGACUCCCGGUUUGGCGUGAUCUUCACGUCGGUCUUGCGGCAUUUAACCUCCUCGGAUUUGGAUACGCGGGCCGCCGCGUUCCGCGCUUCUGUUAACUUGGUGAGAUCCUGCACGCAUUAUUCGAAUCUUUACGAGCUCUUGCCGAGGAUGAUGAGCUCAGUGGAGAACUUAAUAUCCGGCGGACACCAUGUCCUUGCAGCGAAAGCACUCCGUACUCUCGUCCAGAUGGCGAUGGACGAGCCGGGAUACUUGGUUGAGCAGCUGCAAGAAGUGUUCGAAUCAGUGGUGAGGAUUGCGGAGCGGGACAACAUCGACGAGGAGACGAGAGCCGAGGCGGUUCAAAUCAUCCGGGAGCUCGAAGACGGAGCCGGGCCCGACAUGCAGAAGCUGAUGGAGGAUUUGAGCGGUGAGAGUAUUGAGCGAUUUGUGAGGUUGAUGGCGAACUUUCUUGAGUACGUUGAGGACGACCCUUAUUGGUAUAGAAUAGAUCAUGUCGUUACUCAAAAUAAUACUAAUAUGGAGGAGAAGAGGACUAUUCUUCUUGGGACGUACUUUCUGGAUCGGCUGUCGUUUAUUCAUAAACGCAAAGUGGUGACCAUUGUCGUUAUUCUUGCGCGAGAGCGUUUCAAGGCUCAGGAAUGGAGGAAACGACACGCGGGGAUUACUGCUAUUGCUGUCAUCAGUGAAGGCUGCUCUGAGGAAAUAAUUGAUUAUCUCGACCAAGUGAUGGCGCUCGCUUUAGAUUUGUUUCGAGAUUUUCACCCACGAGUUCGUGCUGCGGCGAUAAACGUGAUAAGAACUCUAGGCUUGGACUUGGGGGGGUCAACAAUACAAGAGAAGUAUCAUGACAAGAUUCUGCCUGCACUAGGUUCUUUGGUUGGGGAUUCCCUCAGCCCCACCUUACAGGUGCAGGCUGCUAUGGCAUUUGUUUCCUUCUGCAAAGGUUGCGAACCAGAUCACUUGGAACCUUUCUUGGAAGGUUUAGUGAAAAGACUUCUAAUAGUUUGCCAGAGCCAACAUCAGGUAGUGCAAGAGUGGGGUUUUGCAGCUCUUGCAUCAGUUGCAAAUUCAUCACAGUCCAAGUUCAGCAGACUCUAUGAUCCUACUAUGGCUUGCUUGAAAGAUAUCUUGUUGAAAAACACCGAAAAUUCCACAAAGUUGAUUUGUGCCAAGUGCUUGGAAUGCAUCAGUAGGGUUGCGGUUGCUGUUGGGAAGGAAAAGUUUUCAAGUGAUUCUAUUCAGGCAUUGGCCAAUCUUUUUGAUUGUCUAAGGGAGGAUUUAUCUUCUUAUGUCCCAGAUUUGAUGCCAAGUUUGCUCCAGUCUUCUCAACUUUUCAACCCUGAUGUAGCUGAAGCUUCAAGUGAUCCUAGCAAUAAAUUUGAUGCCUUAAAAGAGGAAGCUUUGGCUUGUAGGGUACUAUUCUGUAUAGCCAAGAAACUAAGAAGAACCAUUUUUCCUUGGAUCAUACAGGUUGCAAAAGCUCUGAUUCCUCUGCUUCAAGUUUCUCAGCAUCCUGAAACUCAAAAAAUUGCUAUUUCAGCUUUGCCUGAGCUUCUGCUAUCAGCUAUUUCAUAUCGUCAGAGUGGGAAUUCUAAAAUAAACAUUACCUCCUUUACUCAAAAGUUGGCACUCCUUAUUGUACCAGCUCUUUCAGAAGCUUUGCAAAUGGAACCGGAGGGAACAAUGCAAACAAAGUUCCUAAGCGCGAUUUACAAAUGCAUACAGGUUUCCGGCUCAGUUUUCACAAGAGCGCAGGCUUUGUCGAUUGUGAAUGGGAUAAAGAAAGUGCUAGCUGACAUUUCGGGUAGAGAUGAACAUCCAGUGAAUGCAGAAGGCGCAGAGGAUUCCGAAAUGGAUUCGGAAGAUGUGAAGGAGCAAGAGGAAGAAAUCUUUAGACAAGUCACGAAUUGCUUGUGCGGACUGAUCAAAAGAUUCAGAAGAGUUUUCAUGCCUUACUUCGAUGAAAUUGUUAUAUACAUUCCUAUGAUGUGGGAUGAUAGAAGAAAUGCCGAAGAGAAAGCUAUGGGCUUAUCCAUCUUUAGAAAUAUUGUCCACCAAUGUGGAGUAAAUGCUGAAAAGUACCACGACAUGUAUCUCCCAUGUUUGUUAAUAGCUUGCAAAGAAGAUGACCCGUUAGUUAGACAGGAAGCUGCCCUUGGAAUUGGGGCUUGUGCAGAGUCUGGUGAAGCUUUUUUCAGGACACGAGUUGAGGCUGCCUUGGAAAGCUUAGAUUCGCUUAUAAAACAGCCAGAGGCACUGAGUCCAGAAAAUAGAAAGACAUUUGAUGCUGCUGUUUCGGCUCUAGGAAAAAUAUGCCGAUUUCAUCGCAAUUUUAUUAAUGCUCGCGAGCUUGUACCUACAUGGCUGAGUUACUUGCCACUGGUGAGGGAUCUGGAUGAAGCAAAAAAAGCCCAUGAUCUACUUUGUUUAAUGGUAGAAAAGUAA